CGGCGGCCUCCCCACGUGAUCCCUCCCUGCCCCCCCCGACGGCCCCCCUCCCCCAUUCUCCCGCCGGCUCCUCCCCCCUCGCUGCAGUCGGAGCCGAACAGCGCUGCGCACCGCACCGUGUGGGGAGCCGGCGGCGGUGGGCACGGCCCGGCCGAUUAUAGGAAGCUGUAUUGGUUGUAGUUCCUUGGAGGAAGAAGUUAAAUAAGUACUUUUUGAAAGCUUCAGCAAAGAUUCAGAAGCAAAAAUGCGACCGAUGCGUAUUUUUGUGAAUGAUGACCGCCAUGUGAUGGCAAAACAUUCUGCUGUUUACCCAACUCAGGAAGAGUUGGAGGCAGUUCAGAACAUGGUCUCCCAUACAGAACGUGCUCUCAAAGCUGUAUCUGACUGGAUUGAUGAACAGGAAAAAGUCAGUGGGGAGCAGCCAGAACCGGAGGCCAUGGAAACAGUAGCUGAAGAAGAAAACAAAGAAGGAGGGGAUCAGAAGGCUGCCGAGCAUUUGACUAGGACCCUUCGUGGAGUGAUGCGUGUUGGGCUUGUAGCAAAAGGUCUGCUACUGAAGGGAGACUUGGAUCUUGAGCUAGUUCUCCUGUGCAAAGAGAAACCCACAACUGGUCUCUUGGACAAAGUAGCUGAGAAUCUUGGAGUACAGCUUGCUACUAUUACUGAAGAUAAAUAUGAAAUAAUCCAGUCUGUGAGUGAAGCUGCAAUUAUCAUUAAGAACACACAGGAGCCUCCAUUGACACUGACCAUUCACUUGACAUCCCCUGUUGUGAGAGAAGAAAUGGAAAAACUGUUAGCUGGAGAAACGCUAUCAGUCAACGACACCCCGGACGUUCUGGACAGGCAGAAAUGCCUUGCUGCCUUGGCGUCACUCCGACACGCCAAGUGGUUCCAGGCCAGGGCUAAUGGUCUGAAAUCGUGCGUCAUAGUCAUCAGGGUGCUGAGAGAUCUGUGUACUCGGAUUCCUACUUGGGGACCACUUAGAGGAUGGCCUCUGGAGCUGCUGUGUGAAAAAUCAAUUGGAACAGCUAAUAGACCAAUGGGAGCUGGUGAGGCCCUGAGAAGAGUACUUGAAUGUCUUGCAUCAGGAAUUGUUAUGCCAGAUGGUUCUGGUAUUUAUGAUCCUUGUGAAAAAGAAGCCACUGAUGCUAUUGGGCAUCUAGACAGACAACAAAGGGAAGAUAUCACACAGAGUGCUCAGCAUGCUCUGAGACUUGCUGCUUUUGGCCAGCUUCACAAGGUCUUGGGGAUGGAUCCCCUGCCUUCCAAGAUGCCCAAGAAACCAAAGAACGAAAAUCCAGUUGACUACACUGUCCAGAUUCCCCCCAGUACCACAUAUGCCAUCACCCCAAUGAAGCGUCCUAUGGAGGAGGAUGGAGAGGAGAAGUCUCCCAGCAAAAAGAAAAAGAAGAUUCAGAAAAAAGGUAUUGAGUUAACCAGAGAGGAAAAAACUGAACCUCCCCAGGCUAUGAAUGCACUGAUGAAAUUAAAUCAGCUAAAACCUGGUCUCCAGUACAAACUUGUGUCUCAGACUGGUCCGGUUCAUGCUCCUAUCUUUACUAUGUCCGUGGAAGUCGAUGGCAGCACGUUUGAGGCAUCUGGACCUUCGAAAAAGACAGCCAAAUUGCAUGUGGCAGUAAAAGUGUUGCAGGAUAUGGGUUUACCUACAGGAGUGGAAGGCAAAGAGUCUGGAAAAGGAGAUGAAUCGGCAGAAGAAACAGAACAGAAACCAGUAGUUGCUCCUCCUCCUCCUGUAGUGGAAACUAUCUCUACACCCAGUGCUGCUUCUCCUCCCUCAGAGCAAACUCCAGAGAAUGUGAAACAACAGGGACCAAUCCUGACUAAGCAUGGCAAGAAUCCAGUGAUGGAACUCAAUGAGAAGAGGCGUGGUCUAAAAUACGAACUGAUUUCAGAAACAGGUGGCAGCCAUGACAAGCGCUUUGUCAUGGAGGUUGAGGUUGAUGGGCAGAAAUUUCAAGGAGCUGGCUCAAACAAAAAAGUGGCAAAAGCCUACGCUGCUUUAGCUGCCCUAGAGAAGCUGUUUCCCGAUGCUCCAGUUGCUAUUGAGCCCAAUAAGAAGAAAAGAGCCCCUGUACCUGCAAGGGGAGGACCCAAGUUUGCAGUAAAGCAGCAUAAUCCAGGUUUUGGAAUGGGAGGCCCCAUGCACAAUGAAGUGCCACCUCCCCCAAAUCUGCGUGGACGUGGCAGAGGAGGCAACAUCAGAGGCCGUGGCAGAGGCAGAGGUGGAUUUGGUGGUGGCAAUCAUGGUGGCUAUAUGAAUGCUGGAGCUGGAUACGGAAGCUAUGGUUAUGGAGGAAAUUCUGCAACAGCAGGCUAUAGUGACUUUUUCACAGACUGCUACGGCUAUCAUGAUUUUGGGUCUUCCUAGAUCAUCUAAAAGUAUUGCAAAAAACAGCUUUUUACUCCAAUUUUCUCGAACUCCAAAACCCAAAGUGUUCGUGCUGUGUCCCUGUGCUUCACUGGGUUUCUCAACAGUGGCUUUUCACCGCAGCUUGUCUGAAACUAUUAGCCGGCAGAACUUAAGACAGUGGCAGUUUUUAUUGUGAUUUGCCUUUGAACUUGGUCGUAAUUUGAUGUACACAACAGGGGGAACUAAUUAUCCAAGAACGUUUUUGUGCAGUUUGCACAAAUUUUAAAGUCAGCUCUGUUCAGCAUAAAGGCAAAAAGCCCACCUUUGCUUUUUAUGGAAAGCAUUACUUUAUUUUUAAGAAACAAAUACUGAAGUUUUAAUCUACCUUUGUCUUAAUUUACAGCAGGUUUUGUACAAAAUUUAAGCCUUUUAAUAAACACCAGAACUUGGGUUGAUGCCUCUGACAGUAGGGAAGAUACUUCCAGCGUUUCUGAAUCUAGUACAGCCCAGCAUUUUAAGCAUGCAAAAUGGUGACUUGUAUGUGCAAUCAUAUGUGCUAAAUUAAUCUUUACAUCCUUUGUAAUACACUGGUGAAUAAAUGCUGGAGGGGUGUGACUUAUUGUGGCUGCUAGCUAGUAUACUGUCAAAGGUAUUGUACUGUGCUUCCAAUACUGGUACAAUAAAUAUCCAGGCGUUAAGGAGUUGAUGUAAAAGUGUUAGUUUUGAUGACUUCUUAAAAAUGCAUGGGUUCAUUAGUUACAUAAAAAUGGGCUUUUUUGAUCCAAGCAUAAAGGGCCUAAAGCACUUCAAAAACUAAAAUGUCCAAGGGUUGCAAACUCAGCAGGCUGACUGGCUGCUCAGGCCAUCUGAUAUUCUCUGUAGCUUAUGCCUCUUGUAAAAUGCACAUUGCCCUAAAAGCAGAAGUAUUUAAUAGCCCGGACAAUGAAACUUCAUAAGAGUUUGAAGUCUCAGGGAAUAAAUUGCCUUUUGAGACUCUGUAAUAUUUAAUAAAACAUCAUGUGUUCGGUCCUUUAUUCUUGCUAUGAUACUUAUGUUUCAAAAUUGUAUUUUCUUUGUCACUGUUCUUUUUAGCUGCAAAUCCUGAAGCAUUGCAUUAAUUUAAUUUGUGAGGCUCAAUAACAUUUGAGUUAACUCAAUAAUUUAAACUGGUGAAAACAGUAACCUGUCAAACAUCCGGUUGCUGAAACCUCCUUGGGCAAAAUUUUAAAUAUUCAGUGUGAACACUUUUUAAAAAAAUAAUGCAUGUCCUAUUUUUUUUAGAAAGUUAUUGUUUGAGAUAAUGUCUUUUUAUACAAGGGAAUAGAUAUUGUUCUGAAUGAGGUGAAAAUGCCAUUUUUUUUAAAUGAAUACAUGUUAAAGUAA